AUGACGGCGCCCAGAGAUUCCCUGAGUGAUUUGGAGAGCAGCAGCAGCAGCAGCGAUGCGGAGGAGCUGGCGCGGUGCCGCGAGGCCGCGAUGCCGGCCUGGGGCUUGGAGCAGCGCCCGAGAAGGCCCGGGAAGGAAAGAGUCGAUGCUGCAAAUAAUCAGUUGCCAACCACCCAGGCGAGCCUCAGGCAUAAGGUGGAUGAGCACGAACAAGAUGGCAAUGAGCUUCAGACCACCCCCGAAUUCCGAGCCUACGUAGCCAAGAAGCUGGGAGCCCUGCUGGACAGCUCCAUUACCAUCUCCGAAGUUGUGAAGGAGCCAAAAAAGGCUGAGAUACAGAAAGUCAUGCCGGAGGAUGAUGGCUUUCGGCUUUUCUUCACCUCCGUCCCUGAAGGCCCUGAGAAGAAAGCUGCUCUGCAGCCCUGCCGAAAGCGAUUGCCUUCCAGCUCCAGCAGUGAGGACAGUGAUGAGGAGUGGCAGCGGUGCCGGGAGGCAGCUGUGUCAGCCUCUGACAUUCUCCAGGGGUCCACCAUCCAUGGCCCUGUCAAGGUGGAAACAGAGGCCAAGAAGAAGAAACAGAAGUUGAAAAAGAAAGCCAAGGAGGAGGCCAGCACUGGCUUGACCACAGCUGCCACCACCACAAGCAAGGCCGCGGUCGGGAAGCAGGAAACGGAGCCAGCCAAGCUCAACGGAGACCACCUGUCACUCGGGACCAAAAUGAAGAAAAGGAAAAAAAAGGCCCAGAAGGCCAGUGGGGCGUCCCCAUUCCCACCAUCAAAGAGGGCGGCAGCUGCGCCUGCAAACUGACCCCGGGCACAGGCACGGGGCCCAGCGAGGCCCAGUGAUGAGGCGCCCUCGGGGACGAGGCAUUUUCAGCUCUGCCUCCCUCUCCAAGAUCGAGGACUUGGCUGGCAAGUCCACACUCUGCCCGUGAUUGGGGCUUGCCCGGGAGUCAGGGCAAAGCCAUGGUUGUAGAGUGCAGAGCCUAAGCAAGGCCUGUGCUCCUGUGCUCCCAUUGGGGUUGGGGCAGCCCUGUGGUACCAGAACAUUCCGUGGUCUCGAGAAGAAGGAGCCCUCCAGUUACUUAAGAUUGAUGGCCAAGUGGUGAAGCUUCCAUCUCCCCAGUGCUGCCUGAGGAGAGUGAGUGAAGACCUUUUCCUGCCCCCAGCUCCUCAGCCUGGUGUGGGAGAUAAUCUUAAGAAAAUUAGAGAGGGGGUCCCUGAGGUGCCAAAGCCCAGAGUUUGUACUUCUCCCUCUGUGCCACAUAGACUGGAUGUAACAUUGUCUGAAAAAGAGGGAGAGCGAUCUUUUCCCCUUCGUUUUCCAGAACUUUCUCCACAUUGGUGAACAUACCACACACCAUCAUGUGCCAACCAGGUUAUUGAAAAUAAAUGAUCAGACCCAACACGUAA